AUGGCGGAGCAGGAGGCUGGCCCCACUGGUCCCUUCGCAUGGUUCCCCUGGGGCCGCCAAGACCUGCCGGGCUGGCGUUUCGAUGUCAUCACCCUGCUCGCCGUCAUCGGCGAGUCGUCGGUGGCCGAACAUGCCCAAACGCUAACCGCCUCUUCCCUCUGCUUGCUGCCGCGCAUCAUCCCGGCACCGCAGGCUCUCCUGCGCCCCGCCCGUCCGCAGCGCAUGCCCGAGUACACGGCCAAGAUGGCGGGAGUUUACGGGGGCGUCGUGCUGGACACUGUGGGGUUCUUUGCCAAUAUCAUGCACCCGCUUGACGACCUUAAGCCGUUUGCUUUCAAGGUGUUGGAGAUCAAGCAUACGCACCUAACGGCGAGGCGGCCAGUUGCUGUGAGUGCCAACGUGAAGAAAAGGUUGAUUGCGAGAGUGACCGACGCCUUACAAACGCUGUGGGGACGUAUGAGAAGGAAGGAGGAAGACGAAGCCAGCAAUGGCGGACCUCAUGUUCACGUCGCCCCCGACGCCGACGCUGACCCGGAGCGCGGUCAACACCCCAUGGUCCCCAUCUCGACCUCACCUUCACCUCCACCCGAUCCUCUCACCCCUCUGCCCCGUACCCAGACUCUAUCCGAGCGGUUCAGCGACAUGCUCACCAACCCAACAAUGGUCAACUCGGAAGAGCGGUACGCGGUCCCGCCCGCGUACUACUCGCCAGUACACAUCCUAUCCAUCUUCUCCUUCCUGCUCACCAUCACCAUCAUCAUAGCGGCUGCCAUGUGGAACGACGGCACGGCCAUCGUCGCCAUAGCCUGCAUCGCGCUCGCCGGAACCGUCGUCUGCUACGCCUCGCUGUGGCGGCCGAUCCUCAUGAACCGCCGCACCACCAACAAGGUGCCCCGCGGCGACGUCGUCAUCCGCACGCGCGAAGGCGCCUUUCUACUCAUCAAAUGCACCGAGGAGGUUGCGCGCGAGUUGUACUCGGGCACCGAGGAGUGCCGGUACGUGAGUACGAAAUACCACCGGGCGUUCAUGGGGCUGGGCAUGGUGCUGCUCAUGGUGUCGGUGGUGCUGCUGGGAAACUGCAUGUGGAAUAGCCAGGUAUUUAUCGGCUCGUCGUACAUCCUGCUUAACGGCCUGUACUGGCUCAUGGGGCUGCUGCCACAGGAAUAUUUCUGGGAUCUGGGGCGGUACGACGUGAGGGACGUCACGCCCGAGGAUGCGAAGUGGGCGGACGAGACGACGUCGGAUAAUCCGCGGGAGGGCACGCCGAGCUUCACGAGGACGCUGUGGUACGCAAUACGCGAGACCAAGCAUGGCGCUUGGGUCGAGAGGAGCGGCGCGAUGCCCGGGACGGAUCAGUGGAAGGAGUGGUUGAAGGAAGCGGUCGAAGCAGCGUGGAACAACGACCGUACGUGGGAGGCGGUCAGGAGGAAGAAUGAGAUCAUGAAAGAUACAUUGGACCCAACGUCGCCGACAUCACUGAGGCACCCUGCCGAUAGAGCUGAGCAACGGGCGCCGUUGCAAGAGGUUCAAUAA